UUGUGCACAGGAGGGGAGGGCUAUGCAGACACAAAGCAUGAAUGUCACUAUCAUGCAUAGGAAUAUACUGGAUUCCAGAUUAUUUAAAAAGAAUCAUUCAAGAAGACGGGAUUGGAGUUAACAGAUAUGGGAUUUAUGGAACGAGGAAUAAUGCGGACCAAAUUCCCCGCAUGGCAGAUUUUUCUGUGGUGGCAUCAUUUCUUUUUAUUGUGGAGUACAAUAGACGGACAGACUCGUUACAGCAUCCCAGAGGAGCUGAAACGGGGCUCUGUGGUAGGGAAUCUAGCCAAAGACUUGGGUUUAGUUGUCUCUGAACUGCAUCGACGUAAUUUGCGGAUAACCUCAGAAGCUGGUAAGCAAUAUUUUAGUCUGGACUUGGGGAAGGGAGAACUGGUGGUGACUGACAGGAUUGAUAGGGAGGAACUGUGUGGACAAAGACCGUCAUGUUUGUUGCCUUUGGAGUUAGUUAUUGAUAACCCGCUGCAGCUGCACAGAGUUGAAAUUGAAAUACAGGACACAAACGACAAUUCUCCCAGUUUUCUCACUAAGGAUAAAGUGGUAAAAAUUGCAGAGCUGGUAAAUCCGGGCGCGCGGUUUCCAUUAGAAAGCGCACAGGAUCCCGACGUUGGGCAGAAUUCCGUACGUUCUUACCUUAUCAGCAAAAAUGAGCAUUUCAAAUUGACUGUAAAAAAUCAAAAGGACGGGAGGAAAGUCCCCGAGCUGGUGUUAGAAAAACCGCUAGACCGAGAAAAGCAACCUGUACACCAUCUGAUCCUCACAGCGGUGGAUGGAGGAGAUCCUGUGCGCUCAGGAACAUCCGAAAUUACAGUUAUAGUACUUGACAACAACGAUAAUGCGCCACAGUUCGAAAGACACUUAUAUGAGGCUAAUGUCAGUGAAAACGCGGCACCUGGAACCGAAAUACUGCGCGUUAAAGCUACAGACGCAGACGAAGGACUAAAUGGAGAAAUUGAGUAUGUAUUUGGAGAACUAACUGACGAUCAGGUUUUAUCAGUGUUCUACAUUGAACCUUCUACUGGUGCUAUAACUGUGAAGGGAAUUUUAGACCAUGAAGCCAACUCUUUGUAUAGAUUUGAUGUAACUGCUAAGGAUAAAGGAAGCCCGGAGAUGGAUGGUCACUGUGGCGUAGAAAUUAAGAUUGCUGACAUCAAUGACAAUAUUCCAGAAAUAAUCGUGACUUCGUUGACGACACCAGUUGCCGAGGACUCCGCCAUCGGGACAGUUAUUGCGUUGAUAAGCUCAAAAGACCCCGAUUCAGGUGACAAUGGUAAAGUUACGCUGAGACUGUCUUCAAAAUCGCCUUUUAAGCUGAGCCCGUCUGUGUCUAAUCAUUAUUCAUUGGUGACAAAUGGUUCACUUGAUCGUGAAAAAAAUAGCCAGUACAGUGUGACGAUAACUGCAGCUGAUUCUGGAAAACCCUCAUUAUCUAGUGAGAAGACGAUACGUGUUGAGUUAUUGGACGUUAAUGACAACCCACCAGUUUUCUCCCAACCUUCUUAUGUCGUUUAUGUAAAAGAAAACAAUGCUCCUGGAAAAAUCCUCCACUCAGUGUCAGCAUCUGACCUGGAUUUAGGCGAAAACGCUAAAAUCUCUUACUCUAUACUGGACUCUAAAGUGCAGGACGUGUCCGUCUCCUAUGUUUACAUCAACUCCGAUAACGGCAGCAUCUACAGCAUGCACUCGUUUGACUACGAGAAGCUGAAGGUGUUUCAGAUCCAGGUUCAGGCAAAGGAUCAGGGCUCUCCGUCUCUGAGCAGCAACGCCACUGUCCAUGUUUUCAUCCUGGACCAGAACGACAACGCCCCCGCUGUCAUUUACCCCUCCUCCGCUGCCCUGGGCUCCCUCUCUCAUCAGAGGAUGCCCCGCUCCGCUAAAGCUGGCCACCUGGUUACCAAGGUAACGGCCGUGGACGCUGACUCGGGCCAUAACGCCUGGAUCUCCUACAGACUGGCGGAGGCCACAGACGCCUCUCUGUUCACGGUCAAUCUGUACACAGGGGAGGUGAGGACUAAACGCGCUGUGUCCGAGCAGGACGACUCCUCUCAGAGGCUGCUCAUAGAGAUCAAGGACGACGGGGAACCGGUCCAGUCCUCCACCGUCACGGUGUCCAUCCUGCUGGAGGACGGCCUCCAUGAGCCCAUCCUGGAUCUGCGGCACAAGUUGUCGGAGCCCAGCAGGAAAACUGGGAGAAUCACGCUUUACCUGAUUCUGUCUCUGGCCUCGGUGUCCGUGCUGUCUCUGGUGACUUUCCUCAUCUUAGCGGUUAAAUGCAUCAGGAGCAGCAGAAGCAGCGGCAGCUGCUGCAUGAGGCGCAGCGACUGUGAUGACUACAAGAACCCCAACAGAAACCUGCAGAUUCAGCUCAACACCGAUGGACCUAUAAAGUACGUGGAGGUCCUGGGAGGAGACAUGUUGUCUCAGAGUCAGUCCUUCAGGUCGUGUAUGUCUCCGAUGUCCGAGUACAGUGAUUUCACGUUGAUUAAGCCGAGCAGCACCACAGACUUUAAGGAGGUGAUCAGUGUUCUGGAUGCGUCUUUACCCGACAGCACCUGGACCUUUGAGAGCCAGCAGGUGAGCAUCUAGUGUGUUUUUUUGUAC